AUGGGGACGGAGAUCCCUAGAUCGGAGGAGAUAUCGGAGGCAUUGUUAUCGGAAUCUGGGAAGACAGCGACGGUUUUAGAUCAAGAUGAGCAUAUUCCUGAGUGGAAGGAGCAGAUAACGAUCCGAGGAUUGGCCGUGAGCGCCUUGCUUGGGACUUUGUUCUGCAUCAUUACUCACAAACUUAAUCUGACGGUUGGAAUCAUCCCGUCGCUGAACGUCGCCGCAGGUUUGCUCGGCUUCUUCUUCGUCAAAUCGUGGACCGGUUUCCUGUCGAAGCUCGGGUUCACCGUCAAGCCGUUCACCAAGCAAGAGAACACCGUUAUCCAGACUUGCGUCGUCGCCUGCUACGGCCUCGCCUUUAGCGGAGGAUUUGGAUCAUAUUUGAUUGCUAUGGAUGAGAAGACAUAUAAGCUCAUUGGUGCUGACUAUCCGGGAAACCAUGCGAAAGAUGUUAUAAAUCCAGGGAUUUGGUGGAUGAUUGGGUUUCUGUUCGUAGUCAGCUUCUUGGGGCUAUUCAGUCUCGUUCCACUACGCAAGGUGAUGGUAUUGGACUACAAACUUACCUAUCCCAGUGGGACGGCUACAGCAAUGCUGAUUAACAGCUUCCACACCAAUAGUGGAGCUGAGCUUGCAGGGAACCAGGUCAAAUGUCUUGGAAAAUACCUGAGCCUUAGCUUAGUUUGGAGUUGUUUCAAGUGGUUCUUCAGUGGUGUUGGAGAUGCAUGUGGAUUUGAUAACUUCCCCACCCUUGGUUUGACGCUAUUCAAGAACACGUUUUACUUCGACUUCAGUCCUACUUAUGUUGGAUGCGGUCUUAUAUGCCCCCAUAUAGUGAACUGCUCUGUUCUUCUUGGUGCGAUCAUCUCUUGGGGGUUUCUGUGGCCAUUUGUAUCACAGCACGCUGGGGAUUGGUAUCCAGCCGACCUCGGGUCCAACGAUUUCAAAGGUCUCUACGGAUAUAAGGUCUUUAUCGCCAUUGCCAUUAUCCUUGGUGACGGUCUCUACAAUCUUGUCAAGAUCAUCGCUGUCACUGUGAAGGAAUUAUGCAGCAAUAGCUCUAGACAACACAAUCUACCCAUUUUUACAGACGUUGUAGAUAACAGCGAAGCCUCUGAGAUACUGCUGGUGAAGAAGAAAAGAGAUGAAGUAUUUCUGAAGGACCGUAUACCCCUUGGAUUUGCGGUUUCUGGUUAUGUGGGUCUUGCAGCUAUCUCAACCGCCACAAUCCCGCUUAUAUUCCCACCUUUGAAAUGGUACUUUGUCCUAUGCUCCUACUUUCUCGCCCCUGCUCUUGCCUUUUGCAACUCUUACGGAACCGGGCUGACGGACUGGAGUCUAGCAUCAACCUACGGAAAGAUCGGUCUUUUCAUAAUCGCUUCCGUAGUGGGAAGUGAUGGUGGUGUCAUUGCUGGUUUAGCUGCCUGUGGUGUUAUGAUGUCAAUCGUCUCUACCGCAGCUGAUCUCAUGCAAGACUUCAAAACAGGUUACCUCACUUUAUCAUCAGCAAAAUCCAUGUUUGUGAGUCAGCUAGUGGGUACAGCAAUGGGCUGUAUAAUCGCUCCGCUCACGUUCUGGCUGUUCUGGACUGCUUUCGACAUCGGUGAUCCCAACGGUCCGUACAAAGCACCUUACGCUGUGAUCUUCCGUGAGAUGGCGAUUCUCGGUAUCGAGGGUUUCGCGGAACUGCCUAAGCAUUGCUUGGCUCUUUGUUAUGGGUUUUUCGUUGCGGCUUUGAUUGUGAAUCUCUUGAAAGACAUUACACCGCCUAAGGUCUCUCAGUUUAUCCCGAUCCCGAUGGCGAUGGCUGUCCCGUUCUACAUUGGAGCUUAUUUCGCCAUUGACAUGUUUGUUGGGACUGUGAUACUGUUCGUGUGGGAACGGAUCAACAGGAAAGAUGCAGACGACUUUGCCGGUGCGGUAGCAUCAGGGCUGAUCUGUGGAGACGGGAUCUGGACAAUUCCGUCAGCAAUCCUUUCGAUCUUAAGGGUCAAUCCUCCCAUUUGUAUGUACUUUGGACCGUCCUCGGCAAGGUAA